UUGGCGCUCCCCGUUGUCAGGUGAUCGGAGCCGGAAGAGUUCGCAGCCGAGCAGAUAGACUUCGGGAAGCCUGCGGUUGCCGGGCGCCGCGAUGGCUCCGGAGCCUUGGUUGUUGUUGUAUGAUUCUACUUGCCGUAUUGCACAAGAGAUUUCUGAAAAAAUUCAAGAACGCAACAGAUACCAGAGGAAUGGUGAAAGUACAACUAAGGUCAAUAUUGCAAUCAGGUCUUUAUUGCAAAAUCUUGAAGAAAAGACCAGUCAUCUGAAAGACCUGUUGUUUCACUCUGUAUCAACACGUCAGAUAACCCAGGCUGAAGGAGGCAGGCGGCAAAAUUUAGUAGAUGAACUUAUCACAGCACACAGAAAACUUCAAGCAUCUUUCAAAAAUGAAGGCACAGAACCUGAUGUGAUAAGGUCUAGCCUAAUGGCAGGAGGGGUUAGAAGAGAAGUAACAAACCCAUGGCUUGUGGAGGAGCCUGAGGAAACGAGAGGACUUGACUUUGAUGAUAUCCGGCAGCAACAACAGAGAAUUAUAGAAGAACAAGAUGCUGGUCUUGAUGCACUGUCUUCAAUCUUAUCUCGCCAAAAACAGAUGGGACAGGAAAUUGGAAAUGAAUUAGAGGAACAGAAUGAAAUCAUUGAUGAUCUUGCCAAUUUGGUAGAAAAUACUGAUGACAAACUACGCAAGCAAACCAAACAUGUCAUGAUGGUGGACAAAAAGUCAACCUCCUGUGGGAUGAUGGUGGUGAUCGUAUUAUUGCUGAUUGCUAUUGUGGUUGUUGCUGUGUGGCCUACGAAGUAAUCAGAUUAUCUCAUUUUGGAACUAAGUGUUAACAGUCUGUGGCAAGGACAACUCCGCCUGGUUGUUGGCACUCUCUAUGGAUGCGGCUGUAUUCCCUCCAUUCCGAGAGGCAGAUCCAUGGCCCAGCUGCACAAAGGUUUUGCAAAAUUCUGUAUAAAACUUUGUAUACACAAGAACAUAAUUGGAAAAGAAAUGACUUACCUAAUAAACUUCAGACAUAAAUAUAAUUAAUUUCAAAGAAAUACUUUAUAAAUGCUUUUAAGAGUACUAAAUGGAAUUUUCUCUUAAUCUCUGCAGUGUCUAAUUAAAAUAUUAGCAUUUUCUUUCUAACAUUAGUUCCUUAUAGCUGAAAUAUAUGCUUCUUCAUGAGAGAAUUUCAGUGAUUCAAGAGAAACUGCCAUCUUUGAAGGAAGGCAAGAGUGCACAUAUAUUUGCUGGCAUAUUUCAAAUUAAAAAAAAAAAGCCACAAAAUCUUUGACUUGAGACAGAGGGCAAUGACCAUUGUAAGAUGGUAGCAGCCAGAUAGGUAUUUUGGAAAGAAAAGAUGAAGUUUCUGUCCAAAAAUGUAGAAUCAAAUAUAUUAUAUCUGGGUUUCUUUUCUUUACUUAGUUACAUUAAUAGCAGGGAAGAAAAGGAAUUACUGUAGAUACCGAGAGUUUCAAAAUGUGUUCUUUCUAUAUAUGGUCUGAAAGUAGACAAGAAUGAUUGUCCUAGCAGAUUGGCAGGGAAGUGAUUCUCCUUCCCUCUGUAACUUAACCUGAGCACUCAAAAUCUACGUUGAAGGAUUAGCAGAGCACCUUUGGGAGGAUGAUGAGGGCUGCAAGGGAGAGGAGGAAAUCCUGUUGCAUGAACAUCUUUCUAUUUAUGCAAUACUGGAUUAAACUCCAAUGUUAAUUCAUGUUCAGAUAUUGUAAUUUUUGCUCUGUGUUGACAUAAUGGAUAGCAAAGUAGUAAGACUGAAUAGAAGCCAUUUUAGUUCUAUAGGAUUUCUUUCUUUACCUUGUAUUUUACUUUAUUUUGUAUCCCUUUCUGCCAGGAAUAUUUAAAGCCUUUAUUUGGCUGCCUGGAUAUCUAGGAUUAAUGACAUUCUAGCCCAUGUAGCAUUGAUAUUUGAUGAAUAACUCAGAUUUGGGAAAAUGUGCUAUGAGAUCAGUAGAUUUCAGAAGAAAACUGUAUUAAGAGCCUUAUGUACAUCUCCAGUAAAGGGCUGAAAAUGGUUGUGUAAA